AUGCUCGCAGUCUCGCAACCGCAUGAUCCACCACAGCCAGCGCCACCUCCAUCAAACAUUCGAACGUCGUCGGCUCUUGUGUGUCCAUUGCCUCCUACUACUGCUACUGCUCGUCGCCUCUUGUCUGGUAUGUCCGUCGCCUCCUACUACUGCUCGUCAUCGGCGCCGUGCUUCUUCUCCGGCUUCCCUCUUCUCUGUUGGCGGUGCAUCAACGAGCUUAUUAGGGGUGGAGGAAUUAAUCGGGUUAAGCAUCAUUUGGCUGAAAAAGGCGGAGAUAUUGAGGUAUGUCAAAAGGUGUCAACUGUAGUGAGACACCAAUUCAAUCAAAAUAUUGAUGAUCUUCAAACCAAGAAAAGGAAAACUCAAGAAGAAUAUGCAGAAGUUUAUAAUGCUUGUAAUGGAGUUGAAAGAGAAUUUGAUGAGAUUGAACGUAAUGAGAUACGACAACAACAAAAAUCAAGGCUUCUAGCACCUAUCUCAAGAAAAGAAAAACAACUUAAGAGAUUACAAUAUUUUUUUCCAUCGGCAGCAACACCUGUAGCUCAACCAACUAUCAAAAGUGUUCUCCAAAGCAAAGAAAUUGUGGAGAAGUGUGAUAUUGCUAUUGCGAGAUGGAUGAUGGAUGCCAAUGUACCAUUUAAUGCGGUUAAUUCAGCUUAUUAUCAGCAAAUGAUCGAUGUUAUUGCAAACAUUGGUGCAUGGUAUAAAGUGCCAAAUUAUGGAAGAGUUCGUGGAUAUUUGUUGAGUAAAUUGGUUGAAGAUGUAAAGAAAAUGAUUGAAUAUAAUCGUGAGAUUUGGAAACAAACUGGAUGUACUAUCAUGGCCGAUGGAUGGACUGAUAAUUGUAGGCGUACUUUAAUUAAUUUCUUGGUUUAUUGCCCUAAAAGAAUUGUUUUUCUAAAGUCAGUUGAUACUUCUCAUGUCUUGAAAACUGAUGAUGCUUUGUUUAAGUUGCUUAGAGAUGUUGUAUUAUUUGUUGGUCUUGAGAAUUUUGUACAUGUAGUGACGGAUAAUGCUACAAAUUACGUUGCUACUGGAAGGUUAUUGAAAUCAGAGUUUUCUAGAUUGUAUUGGUCUCCUUGCGCAGCACAUUGUGUUAAUUUGAUAUUUCAGGAUAUUGGGAAGUUAGAGAAACUAGCUUUAGAUGAUUUGGGUCAAUUGAAUUUGGAAGAUGAUCGAGAUGAUGAUGAAGCUAAUAAUAAUUCUGGGAAAAAUGCAAAUCAGAAUGAAACCAAUCAGGAUGUAGCUCCAAAUUUGUCAGAUGAAACUAAGAAAGAUAUCCAGACUUUAAAAUUACUCCUUGAAUAUAAUUCACGAAUUAUUAUUUUCAUUGUGUUAAAUUGA